UUUUUUUUUGAUACUUUUGAUAAUUAUGUCAACUUCUACAAUUCAAUACGUUAACCCAUUAUUAUCAUCUAUUGCAACAGAAUAUACAUUUUGUCCUAAAUGUGGCGUCGAUGUUACAAUAUAUUCACAUGAAGAUGAUUGUCCUCUUAUUAGAUAUAAUAAAACCGCUAGCGCGACACUAACUGCUACUACUACAACUGCGACUAUUACUUCUACUAUUGCAGAAAAUCCAUUAUCUACAGUUACAACAGCAACAACAAAUGCUGCUACUGCUGCUUCCGCUGUGGUUACUACUAAAAGCUAACAAAAAAAGAAAGAAAGAAAGAAAGAAAGAAAGGAAA